AUGCCGAAAGACACGUAUCGGACAAACCCCUAUGCGGACGUGCACUUGUCCGACGAACAGCGUCAGCAGCUCGUGGAUGUUGUGAACGGGUGCGUGCAGAGCCACUUUGAAAAGUACGAGCAUUUUGUCAUGGCGGACAAGCACCAGAUGGACGAGCGCCGAUGGGAGUGCGUCAAGUUCAAAGAAGGGCUGAACGUCUAUGCCGAGCGGUCGGUCGACGACCAGACACGUCGAGGGAUCACGCCCAAAACCGACGUCCCCCAGAGUGAAGCCGAGAAGGAACUGGUGGCAAUGAUGUGCGUCGGUACGCUCGUUGGCGACCUCGAAGACCUCAUGUUUGGCAUCCUCAGCACAACGUGGGACGCGCUGCGCAUCAAAGCGGCCUACAUUGGCAGUGUCGUGUCCGGCGCCAUCUUGUGCAACGCCGUGGAACCCACUGCGAAAGAGCCGUUUCGGUCCGUGAUUGUCCGCUGGAUGGCGUCGAAUCGCAUUACGGCCACCGGAAAAAGUCGCGACUUCGUGGUGAUUGAAGCCACGGACAUUCUCGAGCUCCACAACGGCGAGCGCCUCGGCUACCACGUGUUCCACUCGGUGGACUUUCCGCAGACGAGGCCAUUGAAAAACACGGUGCGGGGUAAGAUGUCGUCCGUCAGCUUCUUCCGACACGUGCACAGCACUAUCAUUGACAGCUACGCGUGCUCGGUGGUCGACCCUGGCAUGGUCAUCAAGCGGCUCCAGUUCGUUCCGUUUGCAGCCACUGCCAUGCUCUGUGCCGCGAGCUACGUGCACUGCGGACAGAUGAAGAAGCUCGCGUGGAUGCUGCAGCGCCGACACGUGCGCGGCAAAGAGUGCGACGGGAGCCACCGAAAGAAUAAAAAGUGCGUCAUGUGCGGGAAGCGGAAGAGCAUCCCUGGGUUCACCAGGAGCACGUGCAAGCUCUGCAUUGGCCACAUCUGUUCGGCCUGUAAAGUGCGCGUGGACAUGAAGUUCAUUGGCCAAGCCAGCGAGCUCGUAGAGCGCAAGAUUAGCUUUUGCUCGCGGUGCCUGAGCGACGCUGUAAAUGGCAGCGCCCGAGAAGCUGCGCUAGAGCAAGUAGUGUACUACCAUGAUUCGUACGGCAGCGGGUCUACUUUUUCAGACUCGGUAUUGUUCGAGUCGUUAUCUUCGUUUAGCCGCUAG